AUGGCGAUUGAGGAUGGAUCCGAUUCAGGAACCUUUGUUCCAGCUCCGGUGUUUUUAAUGGGACUGAAUGAAGGUUAUAGUCAGGCAAGGAGUCAAAUCUUAAUGAAAUCUAAAGUGAUUAAUGUGAAUCAAGUGUAUGCCUUGAUUGUUCAAGAUGAGAGCCAAAAACUUGUGGCAGGAAGUAACUAUGUCACAACUGAAACAAUGGAAUUAGCUGCAUUAUUCACAGCCAGAAAUAAUAUGCCUAAACAGAAGAGAAGUUGGGGUAUGGAAUAUGACUAUUGUCAUGGAAAGGGUCACACAAGAGAUGGAUAUUUCAAGCUGAUGCAUUGUGGCUACUGCAACAAGAAGGGUCAUCUUAAGGAAAACUGCAACAAGCUAAUUGGAUAUCCUGCAGGCUUUAAGUCCAAGGCCAGAGCUAAUGUGGAACAAUACAAUAUGCUGCUCAACAUGCUUAGCAAGGCUUCCACAUUUGAAACAAGUGCAAACUUAGCAGUGGACACAGGAGCUACGAAUCAUAUGACAGGAAAUGAAAGUUUUUUGUUGGAUGAUGGUAAAGUAGGAAGUGCUGGAAAAAUGCCCACGGGAGAGUUUGCUAAAGUGACCAAGAUAGGAAACAGUCAUUUGGGAGGAGGUGAUACCCUUAAGGAUGAUCUUUGCACUGGGAAAGUAAAGGCGACUGGUAGUAGGGAAGAUGAUUUGUACAUUCUAAGGACACACCAUAAGGAAGCUAGAAUAAAUAGAGAAAAGGCUAUGACAGUGGAACAGAUGGAAGAACCUGAGAUUUGGCAUAAGAGAUUAGGCCAUGUGCCCAUGGCAGUUAUUAGAAAGAUUUCUAGUUUUAGAAAUAAAGAUGCUUUUCCUCUACAUCAUUGUGAUGUGUGUCAAUUGUCUAGACAAACAAGAUUGCCAUUCUCUGUUAGUAUUAAUAGAGCAGAUGAACCUUUUAAUUUGAUACACAUGGAUGCAUGGGGCCAUUAUAAGAAUUCUUGUCCUUACACUCCUCAGCAGAAUGGAGUGGUGGAAAGGAAACAUAGGCACAUCUUAGAAACAACAAGAGCAAUCAAAUUCCAGUCUAAUUUGCCAAUUCGAUUCCGGGGCACAUGUGUUGAGGCAACAACAUAUAUAAUAAACAGGGUACCAUCUACUAUUUUGAAAGGUAGAUCGCCUUUUGAAGCAUUGUACGACAGUACACCUUCUUUGGCUCACAUGAGGGUGAUAGGCUGCCUUUGUUAUGCAAUUAUUUUGCCUAAACAGGACAAGUUUGGUCCACGAGCAGUGAAAUCAGUGUUACUAGGAUAUGGAGUUUAUCAGAAAGGAUACAAACUAUUUAAUAUGUCUAACAAAACGUGUUUUAUUAGUAGAGAUGUUGUAUUUCAUGAGAGCAUAUUCCCUUUCCAGGAUACUCAUGAAAAGCAAAACUUUCAAAGUCCUGAUAUUACAAGCUUGAAAAAGUUUUGUGUGGUGGAUGAGUUAGAUAUUGCAAGUAGAAACAUUCUGCAUAAUCAUAAUGCUGCAGAUUCUACUUCAAAACAAAUUCAAGGUGCAUCAGCAAAUAUUGAUCAAGAGAACCAUGAUUUUCAUGCCCCAUAUAAAGAUGUGCCAGACUCAGUUGGAGACACAGGAGCAGCAGAAGAACAUCAAACAACAACAUUGCCUGAAAGAAGAUCAGGGAGAAUAACUAAGCCACCUAUUUGGCUUAAAGACUAUGUGAGGACUGAUAAACAGUCAGGAGUACAUGCUUGUUUAUACCCAAUCUCAGAUGUUAUUAGUUAUGACUCCUUGUCCUCCAAGUAUCAAAGCUUCAUCACCAAAUUCUCUGAAGAAAUUGAGCCCAAGAAUUAUGCAGAAGCAAUCAAGGAUGACAGAUGGAUAGAAGCAAUGCAGAAUGAGAUCAAGGCAUUGUAA